UAAAAAAUGGCGGAUAGUUCAAAAGCAGAUGGAAAGUUUAAUAACACUUGAAGAGACUGACAAUGAGGACAGGAACUGACCACCUAUAAUGACUCCUAUAUCAGUCUACAUGUACACCUGGUUGGAUGUUCGGCGCUUCAGUCAAGUACUGAAUUGUGUAGAGCCAUGCUGUUAGAAUGGCAACCAGGGGAGACGGACAUGCUGUUAGAAUGGCAACCAGGGGAGACGGACAUGCUGUUAGAAUGGCAUCCAGGGGAGACGGACAUGCUGUUUGUCGUAAACGCCUGGGUAGACUUCCAGUCAACACACAGUCAACUGCAGGCAGAGAAUGGAAGUCGGUUUCCAACAAUGCUGAUGGGAGAAGUAUCUAUCGGGCAACUAAAAAGGAUGGCAAGCAUCAGUUUCAGCAGGAGAAGACAGUACCCAUGGCCUCAAAAUCUUCCUUCUCGCUAUCUCUGUGCUCUGAAUUCGAUACAGAGAUGGUUGACAUCGUGGAACAGAUGGAGAAAGAGCAACAAGGCAGUGGUGUGCCUUCAUGUAAAAGAAAGGUUACCCCUGACAGAUCUGUACCCAAAACUGACGCUAAAUCGCAGCAAAAUGUUGGUAAGGAAGGACAGGUAUUUCCACAAACCAGUUUAGAGAAACGGAAUACAACGGGAGAACAUAGAAAGAUAACUCCGAAGCCUAAUACAGCACUGAACAAAAGAAGUGCUCCAUCUGGAAAAGCUAAUAAAAAAAUGUCUGCUGUUAAUGAUCAUAACAUAUCCUGGCAGAGUCCACAGGAGGCCUCCACACCCAAUCUCACUCACACACAGGGUGUGUCUAAACGUCCCAGGGUAUCAGAUAGAACCACCCCUCACGUCCAAACUCAGCUGUUCAAGUCUCUCUUCACCAUUCCUAGCCCCAUGUGUGGGUUGGAAACAUCUCUGAACCUUGGGGUAGAUUCUCAGAAAGAAAAUUCUGUUGAUAAUAUCAGGAAUGGCAAAUCAAACUUUUGUGAAACCCCCAGGAGAUCUCUCCGGGGCAAAAGGACAGAAUCGUUGUGUACUGGGUCAGAAGCUCCUGGAGAUAAUCAAGGGUUACACCAGAAGAUGCCUAAAAAGAAUUCCACUGAAGGCACAGCAGGUAAAGGUGACCGUUCAAGACGCAACAUCCAAUCUAGUCAUGUACCAGACACUGGAACAAGAGAUCAGUGGUCGUGUGAAAAUAGCAUAAAAUCAUUAGAUAGGCCAAUGCUAGUUGAGGAUAGUCAGUCUCCUGAAACAAAGCAAGGUUGUGCUCCGGAAAUACAAACAGCCAUUUCAAAACAGGCUGACAUUGGACCAGUAACGUCUGAUGUCAUCAGUAACAAGAAAACCAGUAACCAAGGGCCGGUAUCCUGUGAUGUCAUCAGUAACCAAGGGUCGGUAUCCUGUGAUGUCAUCAGUAACAACAAAAUCAGUAACCAAGGGUCGGUAUCCUGUGAUGUCAUCAGUAACAACAAAAUCAGUAACCAAGGGUCGGUAUCCUGUGAUGUCAUCAGUAACAACAAAAUCAGUAACCAAGGGUCGGUAUCCUGUGAUGUCAUCAGUAACAACAAAAUCAGUAACCAAGGGUCGGUAUCCUGUGAUGUCAUCAGUAACAACAAAAUCAGUAACCAAGGGUCGGUAUCCUGUGAUGUCAUCAGUAACAACAAAAUCAGUAACCAAGGGUCGGUAUCCUGUGAUGUCAUCAGUAACAACAAAAUCAGUAACCAAGGGUCGGUAUCCUGUGAUGUCAUCAGUAACCAAGGGUCGGUACCCUGUGAUGUCAUCAGUAACAACAAAAUCAGUAACCAAGGGUUGGUAUCCUGUGAUGUCAUCAGUAACAACAAAACCAGUAAAGCUGGGCCAAAAGCGUCUGAUGUCAAAAGUAACGAGAAAACUAAUAACCUUGGACCAGAAUCAUCCGAUGUCGACACUAACAAGAAAACCAGUAACACACCUGAUCUGACAGGCAUAGCCCUUAAAACCAAAACAAAGUCGGGCACAGAGAUGAGUACUGAAGGUACAGACAGGCUGGUACUGGCUAACUGGGGUCUGCCAGACACAGUGCUAAAUCAGUACCACAAACGGGGGAUCACGACAAUGUUUGACUGGCAGGCUGAGUGUUUGUGUACAGAAAAUGUCCUGGCGGGAGGUAAUCUCGUGUACUCUGCCCCGACCAGUGCAGGGAAGACUAUGGUGGCAGAAUUACUUGUACUGAAGCGUAUUGUGGAGACCAAGAAAAAGGCCAUCAUCAUUCUACCAUUUGUGUCGGUUACCAGGGAAAAAAUGUUUUAUCUUCAGGAGUUGUACCAGGACGCCGGUAUCCGUGUGAAUGGGUUUAUGGGUAGCCACUCUCCCCCCGGAGGUUUGAGCAGUGUUGAUGUGGCUGUGUGUACUAUAGAGAAGGGAAACGGCCUCGUCAACAGGAUGUUGGAGGAAAACUCACUCGACCAGCUAGGAAUCAUUGUUGUUGAUGAGCUCCAUCUGGUUGGAGAUCCACAUCGAGGCUAUCUGCUGGAGCUGCUGCUGACUAAAAUCUGCUACGUCAUCAGAAAGGAGCAGGCUAGGGCUACAGUCAAUCAGAAAGGGGUGAGCGAAGUAAUACACAACCCGAUACAGAUUGUAGGGAUGAGUGCCACCCUGCCCAACCUUGACCUUCUGGCCAGCUGGCUGAACGCUAAAAUGUUUAUCACGGACUUCCGCCCUGUGCCUCUCACGGAGACCAUCAAACUAGGCACGGCCAUCUACGAUUCCUCCAUGUCAAAAAUGCGUGAUGUUGACCUGACUCGGACCUUCAAAGGCGAUGAUGAUCAUGUGAUACCCCUAUGUCUGGAGACCUUGACCAACGGUCAUUCUGUCCUUAUAUUUUGUCCAUCCAAGAACUGGUGUGAGAAAUUGUGCGAGAGCAUUGCCCGGGAGUUUUACAACAUACUGAAGAAGGACAUGGCUGCCAGGAACAGUACAGAGUUUAACGCCCUGCCCCUGAACAAAACAGCCCUCAGUGAUGUAGUAGAGCAGCUACGCCGCACUCCCGUGGGUCUGGACAGCACGCUGGGGCGUACCGUGUAUUAUGGGGUUGCUUACCACCAUGCAGGAUUAACGUUUGAUGAACGGGACAUAGUGGAGGGCGGGUUUCGUCAGGGAAUUCUGAAGGUACUCAUCGCAACCUCUACCCUGUCUUCUGGGGUCAACCUGCCGGCCAGACGGGUCAUCAUAAGGUCACCAGUUGUACAUGCUGGUAAAAUGAUUGAUUUCCUCACCUACAAGCAGAUGAUUGGCAGGGCUGGCCGCAAGGGAGUGGACACAGAAGGUGAAAGUAUUCUGAUAUGUAAGGCAAACGAGAAAAGCAAAGCUGUGACCCUGGUCAGCUCCACGCUACCACCUGUACACAGCUGUCUGCUGAAGGACGAGGGACAACAGCUCAGCUCCAGCCUGAAGAGGGCCAUUUUAGAGAUCGUGGUCAGUGGAGUGGCAUCGUGUCCUAAGGAUGUGGUGACCUAUAUAUCCUGUACCAUGCUGGCCGCGUCUCUACCCCCGGACGACCAACAGGCCACCACCAUUAUACACAACUGUAUCACCUUCCUUCAGGAGAAUGAGUUUGUGACGCUACAAAAGUCUACAGAAACAGAUGGAUGGGAGGAGGAGAGAUUCCAUCCCAGUCAGCUGGGAUCAGCUGUGCUCGCCUCGUCCAUGUCACCUGACCAGGGACUGUUGGUGUUUACUGAGCUACAGAAGGCCAGGCAGUGCUUUGUACUGGAGAAUGAGCUCCACAUUAUCUACCUGGUGACUCCGAUCUACACAUUGGACCUUGGAGAUAAGAUUGAUUGGUACCAGUUUUACUGUAUGUGGGAGAAACUCACCCCGGACAUGAAGCGAGUUGCUGAGCUUGUUGGGGUCAGGGAGGGAUUCCUGGCCCGGGCUGUCCAGGGACGUCUCCCUACGAAGACUGUGGCUCAGGCGCGGGCAGUGGCUGCCCACCGUCGGUUCUACACUACCCUCAUCCUCCACGACCUUGUCCAUGAGGUGCCGAUCAUCGAGGUGGCUCGUCACUACAACUGUAACAAGGGACAGUUACAGUCUCUUCAGCAGUCUGCCGCCACGUUCGCUGGUAUGGUGACGGUGUUCUGUGCCAGGCUUGGAUGGCACAACUUAGAGCUCAUACUCUCACAGUUCCAACACCGUCUGACCUUUGGUGUGCAGCGAGAACUAUGCGACCUUGUCCGACUGACGCUGCUGAACGGACAGCGAGCUCGUGUGCUGUUUAAUGCAGGUUUUCACACAGUGGCUUCACUAGUUAGUGCUGCUCCUGCUGAUGUUGAAGCAGUUCUGAAAAGUUCUUCACCAUUUCAGAGCAACAAGAAGCAGGAAAAUGAAACAGAAUGGGAGGCUGAACAACGACGCAAAUCUCGCUGUAUCUGGCUAACAGGGAGGAAGGGUGUGACUGAAGAGGAGGCCGCCCUCGCCAUCAUAGCAGAGGCCAAAUCUGUGAUUCAGGAGGAGCUUGGGGGACUAGGCAUACAAUGGAGAGACAACCAGGAGUUGGAGUCUGGUGAAAGAGGGGCGGGGUCUAGUGACAAUGACACCGAGCAGGGUGAUGGAGGGACACAGCCUAUAAACAAAAGUGUGGAUAAUUCAUCUGAUACAAAUACUCGGGUUCAGAUUGAUUCAAGGAACUCACAGUCUAACAUUAAUAUAUCAAACCACAGUGAUAGGUCUGUCAUCAUUGGUCCAGGACGAGGCGGAAGGACAACAAGACCUCGUACAAAAUAUAGGCGGUCAAUCAACCGGUCAAAUAUAAGUCUCACAAGUAAAGGGAACGGAUCUCCAAUACAACACCAGUCGGUAAAGGUCAGUCCGCAGUGUAGGGAUCAACACAAGACUAUGGACCUACAGGUCAUAGUCAGUCCUCCAGGCAAAGCUGUGAUAAGGUCAAGGUCAAAACCUAUCUCCAUUCAAGGUCAUUUAAAGGACAGUGCUAUAGAAAAAGUAGUCACAUCCAGGAAUUCUAUUUGUGCCUUGACAAAUAAUCAAGUCGGCCAUAUUUCUAACGGUGCUAGUCAAAUGAAAUCUGUGAUAGGAAAUUCUGUGUAUGAAUUACGGAGCACUACCCCAUCGGUGGAUUCUGAUGAUGAUGAAAAUUCAAUUAAACAUGUUACUGUAUCACAGUCGGAGCCCUAUGACUGUGGACAGCGGACGAUAUCAGUCUCCGACGAUAGAUUUAAACCUUCUAUGGGAGGAAGUGUGAAUAUUCAGCAUUCCAUGAAGACAACAUCUAAAACUGUAAUUUCACAAAAGGAACAAGACUCUACAAAGACACUACCAAACCCCGUUGUUGUAGAAGUUGACAUCCACGCUGGUACCUCUGUGUCCAGUUGUACCGAAACACUCGGUAGUGUUGGGACUGGGAAACAGUCAACUAGUCCAAUUAAGUUUGAUCAGAUCAUUGAUGACAUGAGCUUUACAUUUGAUGAUUCUUUUGGCUUGUCUGGCCUUACAGGAAAGGAGGUCAAAGGUCCUGAGAAGGCUGAUAAAGCACAGAUGAAUGAUCUUGACACUAUCAAUAAUGAGAUUGUGUGUACAGAAUCUCCACAGCUUGGAGAUGGUGAUUGUGAUGAGGGGGUAGACAGUAUAGAGGUCCCGUCACAAGUGGGGGGAAGGUCUGAUUCUGGUGAAAAAAAUACCAAAGUUAAAAAUUCAGUAACAUUUUACCCAGGAUCCUCCGCAAGCAAUGCCACCACCACAACAGCAGACUCUGUGUCGGCACACAAACAUUCCAGGGACAUUCAAAACACACAGAAUGAGUUUGCUGAUAGUUUUGAGCUGGAUACACAGACAGAUUUUAUGAUGCGAAAUGUUUCUGAGACUCGGGGUUGUAAAAAUGAAUCUCUUACCACUAGAAGUGUUCACAAGGGAGACAACUCUCCUCCUCUUUAUUCUGAGGAUCUAGCCAGUGGUGAAAUGUUAGAGGGUAGGAAACCUGACAGGAAAUCAGAUAGAAAAAUGUGUAACAGGGACGUGGAGGAUUCACACAGCAAUAAUGGAAGGGACAGAAAAGAACAGAUGUCUGAGACUGCCAAUGCUGUGAAUAUAGGACAUGUUAGCAGGCAAAAGGAUUCCAUACAAAGCUCUUACAUACAAAACCCUGUGAUUGUUCAUAAAAAAGUCUCUGUAAUUGAUUGUAUUCAAGGUCCUUUGACUGACAAUUCUCUACAUGAUGUGUCGAUGGAGUUAAUUGCAGCCAGUAACUUUGAUGACAGACGAUUUGGUUAUGCUGAGGAGGAUGCAUUUGAAUUGACUGGAAAUGAAAUAUCUAAUAGUUCAUAUGGUGAUCUACGUAUUGUUCCUCCUAAUGUUGUUAGAAAUACUUCCCCUGUACAGAGAACAAGGAAAGGGGCCCCUCCACAGGGUCAACUGACACAGGACUUGGUUUUAGCUUUGGAAAUGAGUGAUUCAUUUAGCUGCACUGCUGCUUUGGCUGUGGAAGUAGAGCAAAGUAGCAAAAAUUGUAUAGGGUCAGGGGUCAACAAUAGUGAUUCGAAACCUAUGGGGUCAGGGGUCAACAAUAGUGAUUCAAAACCUAUGGGGUCAGGGGUCAACAAUAGUGAUUCAAAACCUAUGGGAUCAGGGGUCAACAAUAGUGAUUCAAAACCUAUGGGGUCAGGGGUCAACAAUAGUGAUUUGAAACCUAUGGGGUCAGGGUUCAACAAAAGUGAUUCGAAACCUAUGGGGUCAGGGGUCAACAAAAGUGAUUCAAAACCUAUGGGGUCAGGGGUCAACAAUAGUGAUUUGAAACCUGUGAGGUCAGGGGUCAACAAUAGUGAUUCAAAACCUAUGGGAUCAGGGGUCAACAAUAGUGAUUCAAAACCUAUGGGGUCAAGGGUCAACAAUAGUGAUUUGAAACCUAUGGGGUCAGGGUUCAACAAUAGUGAUUUGAAACCUAUGGGGUCAGGGGUCAGCAAUAUUGAUUCCAAACCCAUAGGAUCAGGAGUCAGCAAUAGUGACCCAAAAUGUACAGGUUCUGGAGUCAGGAAUAAUGACUUGAAAACCAAAAGGACUGUAGCUAGCAAUUGUGUUCCAAAAUCAAAUGGGGUCAGGAUUAAGGAUCGCAAGCCUGAAAGCGUGCAGUGUGAAUCUGUAGAUGUUGUACAGAUUUGUGAUCGGGAAAAUGAAAUUGAUAGCAUGGAUGAGUCUCUCACGAUUUCUAUGGUGGAGAAAGCUUUAGAGAUAAACAUGGUGGAAAAUACAGAAAAAGACAUGUUUAAUGGCUAUACACAAACUGUACCCAACAAUACGGAAAAUAACAACCCACAGCUAGAUACUGUAGUAAAACCAGUAGCAUUUCUUAAAACCCGGUGUGAAACAGCUGGUGUCAGUUCAUGUACAGACAAAAAUACAAGUGUUGAACAAAACAAGAUCAACAAAUUGUCAAAUGCUCAGCCAACCCAUCAAAAGAAAUCUGUGUCAAUUACUAGCAGUCACAAACACCUGAGUCCAGGGACCCUCAACUUCCUAAACAGUAUGUGUGAGUCAGGCUCAGUGUCUAACGGGACAAACAACAGAAAACCAACAGGUUCUGUACAGUCUGAGAAAAAAUCUGCUUCUAUAACAAACAAUAUAUGCCUGUCGUCAGAUGCUGGCCUUGAAGACAGUGUGAGGAUUACUAGGUCUGCUCGUAAACGUCGGAGCACAGAGAAAGGUGAAGCUGAUAAGUCCAAGAAACAGGUCACUUCUGGUUCUGGUGAAAAGGAGGACUCAAUACAGAACCUGAGCACAAACAGUGACUGUUUACCUCCAACACCCCCGCCUACCAACUGUAUGUCUCCUCACAUGUCUCUGAGGAAAGUAACACCUCUGAAACCCAGAACGCCACGGCGGGGGAAGGCCAGCCAGAAACUUGACCUGUGUGUCGGUACAAGAAAGCCAAACAGUUCUAAAGACAGUGAUCUCCAUCCCUGCGACCCCCCUAAUGUGGUGUAUGAGGAACGCCUGCCUGUGAUUGACCCUAACGACAGUGGUAUACCCUGUACUCAGGCCAGCUUCACCAUUGUGGACGUUUGUGCUGACCGCCGCUUGUUUGACACCUUCAUCAAGGAGUGGGCUACAAAGAGCUACUACACUUUGUCGGUGGCUUGCGAGAACCGGCCACUGACGCCAGUGGCUGGUGGUGGCAUUGGUGGCAACUUUGGUGCGCCUGGGUCACGAGAUAAAGGUGGUGUAGUGGAUGGACUGGAGGUGGAGGGGGCGGAGCUUGUAGUGGUGGGCGUGGCUAUCUGCUGGGAGAACAGGGAUGCGUACUAUGUCGCCCUCACUAAAGAAAACUCUGAUUGUGACCUUGACGACAGCCUAACCCCACCGCCCAUGGAUACCAGUAUCACUAUAGAGACACGACUAAGUGGCCUACAGUCUGUUCUAGAGCAGGGUGUCUGUGGGGAGGAGCUGGUCAAUAUUGCCAUGUUUGAUGUGAAAGCCUCGUACUGUGUGCUAGUAAGGAGCUGUGGUAUUGCCCCUAGGGGCCGAUUCCAGGACCCAAAAGUCGCCUGUUGGUUGAUGGACCCAGGGGCCAAAGAAAAGAACCUACAUAGAAUGGUCACCAACUACCUACCCACUGAAGUGCCUUUGUUAGAGGGUAUAGGUGGUGGAGUGGGCUUCAGCAGCCUAGGUAUGACCCCACAGAACCCGGGGUCGGGACGUUUCCGGGCCACUACGGAGGCAGUGCUCACCCUACACCUGAUGGACUACUUGCGGGCCUGUCUCCAUAAGGAGGGUCUCCACCAGGCCUUUCAGAGGGUCGAGAUGCCCUCCAUUGUCACUCUGGCUAGGAUGCAACUCAACGGCUUCGGUUUCAGUGAGGUGGAAUGUGAGAGUCAACAGAGCGUUAUGACGGCUAAACUGACGGCUCUGGAGGAGCAGGCGUACCAACUAGCUGGACAUCCCUUCUCACUGACCAGUACAGAGGACGUAGCUCAGGUCUUGUUCAUUGAGUUACAACUUCCACCAAAUGGUGACCCGAGCAGUGUGGGUCAAGUCCAGCUCCCGAGAAAGGCCCCUGCUACUCGACGAGGCCAUCAGAAACCCCAAUUCAGCACUUCUAAGGAAGUGUUGGAGAAGUUGAAAAAGCUGCAUGAUCUGCCGGGCCUGGUGCUGGAGUGGAGAAGGAUCAGCAAUGCCCUGACCAAGGUGGUGUUCCCCCUACAGAAGGAGAAAGUCCAUGUAUCCCAUCUAAACAUGCAUCGCAUCUUCAGUGAUUGUCAGGUCCACACUGCCACUGGUAGGGUCAGCAUGGCUGAUCCGAACCUACAAAACAUUCCUAAGGACUUUGAGAUUUCUCUCCCAGAUGUUAUUGGUGAAAGCCCACCUGUAAACCAGACAGAAUUGAGACAGACAAAAGUUGCUAGAGGCAAGGGAGGUAACUCCAGACUGAGAUAUUUCACUGGAGGACCUAGGCAGUCUGUAUCAGCAGGAAAUAGUGGAGCAUCCUGGGCCGUCAGCAUGAGGCAUGCUUUUAUACCGUUUACAGGCGGAGCGAUCUUGGCUGCGGACUACUCACAACUAGAGUUACGAAUGAUUGCCCACUUGUCAGGUGAUGUCAAACUCACACGCAUUCUGAACCGGGAUGGUGAUGUGUUUAAGAUGAUCGCAGCUCAAUGGAAAAGUGUGUCUAUUGAGCAUGUCACACCCCAACAGAGGCAGCAGGCAAAACAGGUGUGUUAUGGUAUGGUGUAUGGUAUUGGACCCAAGGCCCUGGGAGAACAGCUGGAAGUGGAUCAGAAUGAGGCUGCUGUAUUUAUCGAGACGUUCAAAUCAAGAUAUCCAGGUAUGAGGACGUUCCUGAGGAAGUCAGUGGAGACCUGCAGAGAGAAGGGCUAUGUAGAAACAAUCCUGGGCAGACGUCGUUAUCUCCCUUCCAUCAGAGAUACCAAUCCACACGCCAGAGCUCACGCAGAGAGGCAGGCAGUGAAUACAACUGUCCAGGGAUCUGCAGCUGACCUCGUCAAGAAGGCAAUGAACCGUAUUGAUGUGAGGUUGUCCGAUGUAUUCCCAGAGUGCAGCUUGGCUCACCGACAGAAGCCCACAGUCCGAGGUACCUAUGGAAAGAACAGAGCAAAUGGUGUUUAUAAAGCGCCCUCUGGUGGUUACCUUGUGCUACAACUCCACGACGAACUCAUUUACGAAGUUUCCUGUGCUGAUGUUACAGAGGCAGCUAAGAUCAUUAAGCACGAAAUGGAACAUGCUAUGACAAUGUCGGUCCUCAUGCCAGUCAAGGUCAAGGUCGGCCCAAGUUGGGGAAAACUUGAAGACAUUGAGAUAUAAUGAAUUAAUCCUUAAAAAUGUAUUGGGCUUUCAUGUAUAUAAAAUGUAGAUAAUGAUUGAUGACACAUGUUAAACUACAUUUGCCCCUGUUUAUGUAUAAGUACGAAGCAACUGUUCAAAUCGAUAGAGAGUGCAUACGCCUGCGAAGUCAUUGAAAACUCCACACACAAGAUAGAUUAAUUUUGUUUGCUUUGCAAUUUCCACGGAUUAUGAUUUUGCAAUCGAGACAUGUAAAGGAACUAAAUGUUUGCAGUGUUUUAGCACGGAGACAGGGCACUCGGCAUAUAAAGUGUUUUAGCACAGAGACAGGGUACUCGGCAUAUAAAGUGUUUUAGCACAGAGACAGGGUACUCGGCAUAUAAAGUGUUUUAGCACAGAGACAUGGCACUCGGCAUAUAAAGGGUUUUAGCACAGAGACAGGGCACUCGGCAUAUAAAGAGUUUUAGCACAGAGACAGGGCACUCGGCAUAUAAAGCGUUUUAGCACAGAGACAGGGCACUCGGCAUAUAAAGUGUUUUAGCACAGAGACAGGGCACUCGGCAUAUAAAGUGUCAAACAGUCAAAUGAAUAGGCAUAUUGAGCAACAAGAAGUAAGUGAUUUUAUUAAACACAUCAACAAAACUAUUAGAUGUGUGAUUUAAUCUAUAUUCAAAAAAUAUUGUAUGACCCUUUAAGUGUAUGAAUCGUCACAACUACAUGUGUGCUAAUCCCUGACGACUUUAUGGUUAUGAAAUUUGUUGUCGCAUGUCAUGUUAUUUUGUGAUCACCUUAUUAACCUGCAAAAUUGCAAAAAUAUUAUCUCCGCGGAAAUACUCUUCUACAUUGUAAAUUUUUACAGCAUAAAAUUGAAGCACAAAGACAAGUGGAAUACAAUGUAGAGGUUUGUUUUGUAUUCUAGCUGUGAUAGGAUAAGGUCUGUCUAUAUUAUAUA